ACAGAUAUCAUCAUGGAGGCCCACUCAGCCCUUCCCCACAGAGGACACAUACUCUGGCAGGGGCUUCUGCUCACAGCCUCACUUUUAAGCCUCUGGAAUGCACCCACAAAGGCCCAGCUCACUGCUGAAACCGUGCCCCCCAUUGUUGCUGAAGGGGACACCGUGCUCCUGCGUGUCCACCAUCUGCCACCAAAUCUUUUUGCCUUUCGCUGGUUCAAGGGAGAAGAGACCAUCCACAGCCAUCACAUUGUCUUCUUUCUGCCAGCAAAUGGACAAUCCAAAACAGGUCCUGCCUACACGGGCAGAGAGAUCGUGUUCUGUGAUGGCUCCCUGGUAUUCAAGAAUGUCACUUGGAAUGACACUGGGAUCUACACCCUACAAAUCAUACAAGAGGACUUGUGGAGUCAGACGGUGUCUGUGGAGCUCCAUGUAGCCCCCUUACUUUCAUCAGUCCCGAAGCGGGUCGGCCCUGCCAAGCUCACUGUUGAAAUGAUACCGCCCUUGGUUUUCAAAGGAGAGGAUGUUCUUCUCCGUGUCCACAACAUGCCAAGGAAUGUGUUAGCCUUCUAUUGGUUCAAAGGAGCCACGAUCGACCACACCCAAGUAGUUGUCUUCUAUUUGGCCUAUGUUAGACAAUUCGGCCAAGGACCUGCAUCCAGUGGCAAAGAGAAAUUGUAUCCCGAUGGGUCUUUGCUGUUGAGAAACCUCACUUGGAAAGAUACAGGACUCUACAGCCUACAGAUCAUACAGGAUGGUCCUAACAUUGACUUGCUGUCCAUGGAGAUCCGCCUGGCCUCCCCACAGGUAGCUGUCCAGUUCCACGCCACCUUUGCCAACAUCUUUGUGGAAACUGUGCCGCCCAAAGUUAUUGAAGGGAAAGAAGUUCUUCUCCGUGUCCUUAAUCUGCCACAGAACAUUAUGGCCUUUCACUGGUUCAAGGUAAAAGAAGCCAUUGACAGCCGUCAAAUAGCCUUCUAUUUUCCAACUGUCGGCACAUCUAAGACAGGACCAGCACAUAGUGGCAGAGAGAAAUUGUUCUUUGAUGGAUCCCUGCUAUUGCAGAACCUCACCCUGAAAGACACUGGAUUCUAUACCCUCCAAAUCACUCGGACAGAUCAGAGGAUUGAUUUGGUGUAUGUGGAGAUCUCUGUAUUUCCUUCCCUUUUAACCCUCUGGAAGACACCGAUCCCUGCCCAGUUCACCAUUGAACCAGCUCUGCCCUUGAAAGAGUCGGACAUUUUCCUGAAGGUUCACAAUCUGCCAGAGAAUCUUUUAGCCUUCCGGUGGUUCAAAGGACAAGAGACCAUCACCUCCCAGCAAAUCGCCUCGUACGUGACAGGUCUUGGAGUUACUAUACCAGGACCUGCAUCCAGCCAGAGAGAGAUCGUGUACCCCAAUGGCACGCUGCUGCUGCAGAAUUCCACUCAGGAGGACCUAGGAAUAUACACCUUACAAACUAUAAGUGAAGAUCUGUGGUCCUUCUUUUUAACUGUGUGGAACCCACCCAGGACAGCCCCGUUCACCGUUCAACCUGUGCCUCGCAUGGCUACAGAAGGAAGCAUGGUUAUCCUACAGAUCCGAAACCCGCCACACAAUAUGUUUGCCUUACGCUGGUUUAAAGGAGAGGAGACGGUGGACAGACAUCAGAUUCUCUUCUAUUUGCCCAAAGAGAAAUACUUCAAAGCAGGGCCCGCCUUCCGAGGCCAGCAGAUCCUGUUCCUCGAUGGUUCCUUAAUGUUCCAGUCUGUCACAAAGAGUGACAUGGGAUUCUACACUUUGCAGAUCAUCCUGGACAACCUGUGGAGUGAAGAGGCGUCAGUGCCCCUCCUCGUGUCCUCUUCACCUCUAUCUUUGUCCAACUGGACCACCCCUGCCAACGUUGCCUUUGAAUUGGUGCCCCCCUAUGUUUUUGAAGGAGAAGAUGUUCUUAUACGGAUCCACAAAUUACCAAAGAAUUUACUGGCCUUUCGCUGGUUCAGAGGGAAAGAGGCUAAUAAAUCCAAUCGCAUUUUCUUGUAUUUGCUAACCAUUGGAAAAUGGAAAUCAGGACCGGCUUACAGCGGCAGAGAGCGGGUGUACCCAGAUGGCUCCCUGCUUUUCCAGAACAUCACUCAGAAUGACACCGGCUUCUACACCCUAGAAAUUGUCUCGGAAGAUGUGAAGACUGAAUUUCUGUCCAUGGAGAUCCACCUGGCCUCCCCUCGGUUAACCUUCUGGUACAACACUACCUUGGCCAACACCACUGUUGAAAUAGUGCCACCCAAAGUUAUUGAUGGGAAGAAUGUUCGCCUACUGGUCCACCAUCUGCCACAGAAUAUUCUAGCCUUUUGCUGGUUCAAAGGAGAAAAGACGAUUGAUAGUCAAGUAAUUUAUUUCUCUAUGCCAACCAUUGGACAGCUUCAAGGACCGGCACACAGCGGCAGAGAGAUUAUGUAUCUCGAUGGGUCCCUGCUUGUGCAGAACCUAACUCUGAACGACACUGGAUUCUACACUCUCCAAAUCCUCUUGAUGGAUUACAGUAUUGAGGUGGUGUCUGUGGAGAUCUUUGUAUUCCCCUCCCUUUUAACCAUCUGGAAGUCACCAAUCCCUGCCCAGUUCACUAUUGACGUCAUGCCACCCCUGGCCGCUGAAGGGAGAGAAAUUCUCCUGAAGGUCCACAAUCUGCCACAGAAUCUUUUUGCCUUCCGCUGGUUCAAAGGACAGCAGACCACAGCCCACUGUGAAAUCGCCUCAUACGUGACCAAGCUGAAUAUCAUCACCCUAGGACCUGCAUCCGGCCGCAGAGAGAUCGUGUACCCUGAUGGGUCUCUGCUGUUACAGAACAUCACUCAGAAAGACACUGGAUUCUACACCCUCCAAACUAUAAAGGAAGAUCUGUGGAGUGAAACAUUGUCCUGUAUCGCCCUGAUCCGACCAACACAGGGCCACUUUGGCAUCCUUGCCUGA